UUUGUGAGGACAGAGAGAGAGAGAGAGGGGGAGAGAGGGAGAGAGUGAGAGAGAGAGAGGCGGGCAUCAUGGCAGCGCUCGCUGCAUCAUCACGACACAUGUUUGGCUGCUGCUGGCGGAGCGCUGUGUGAUGCGCAGGAGAGACUCGAGAGGACUUCCUGGAAACCAAAAGGCGAGCCGAGGAAACAGGUGCGACCAGUUAGAGGAGCCUCAAGAUGAGUGGGAUCCUGAAGAGGAAGCUGGAGGAGGGCCCGCCCCCUUACCUGUCCCUGCAGGGCUCCGAUGAUGACGUUUCCUGCAGCGACAGCGGCAACAGCAGCGAUAGUCUCAACCACUCCGUCCCCUCUGGGCUGCUGGACUCUACUCUCCAGCAGCAGUCAAAGAGACUGCGGGGUCGCAACGUGCACUUUGAGAGCGUGACGGUGUACUACUUCAACCGUCGGCAGGGAUUCACCACCGUGCCCACGCAGGGGGGCAGCACCUUGGGCAUGUCGCCACGUCACAGCGGGGUGAGGCGCUUCACCCUGCGGGAGUUCGCCAUGGAGCAGAAACGGAGCCACCGAAUUAUGUUGAGGGAUCACCUCAAAAAGGAGAAACUCAACGCCAUCAAACUCAAACUGACUAAAAAUGGCACAGUGCCAUCUGUGGAGGCGGACACCCUGACCCUGGAUGACAUAUCCGAAGACGACCUGGAUGUGGACAACACCGAGGUGGACGACUACUUCUUCCUGCAGCCGCUGACUACCAGGAGGCGCCGGGCCCUGCUGCGCUCCUCGGGGGUCCGACGCCUCGACGUGGAGGAGAAGCACGAUCUGCGCGCCCUCCGCGUGUCUCGAGAGGAGUGUGGGUGCCGUUGCCGGGGGACCUGCGACCCGGAGACCUGUGCUUGCAGCCUGGCCGGCAUUAAGUGCCAGGUAAAUGGAACUGUGGUGGACCGCAUGUCCUUCCCUUGUGGCUGCACCAAAGAUGGCUGUAGCAACAACACGGGGCGGCUGGAGUUCAACCCGGUCCGGGUGCGCACCCACUUCCUGCACACCAUCAUGAAGCUGGAACUGGAGAAGAGCCGCGAGGAGCAGCAGCACCAGCAGCAUCAUCAGGGGCAGCAGCAGACGGAGCAGCAGCUUGUAACCAAUGGCAACGGUUACCAUGGCGACUCCUCCUUGGUCCAGCAGCAGCAGCCGAACCUACAGUUCCCCUUGAUGAGUGCUACGCCACACAUUCCCAUCAUGCACCUCCAGAACACAGGCGAGUCGGAUUCACAUCUAGGCGAAGAGGAGGAGGAAGAAGAGGAGGAGGAAGAUGAAGAGGACGAUGAGGCUUAUGAGGACGACGAGGACGGCAGCAGCGUUUGCAGUGGGCUGUCGGACUGCAGCACCCACAGCUUGGGAACGAUCGACCCCGAGGACGUCGAGGAGGAAGAGGAGGACGAGGACGACGAGGAUGACGAGGAGGACGAUGACGACGAAGAGGAAGACGAAGAGGAAGACUGGGAUUGCACAUUGCACGGAACGAGUCCUCCACCCUACUCUGUCCCGCUUCCCUCUGUGCUGAGUUACUCCAACGUGAGCCUUGGCCACCCCUUCCACAACACUCCCCCCAUGCAGCAUUAUCAGAUAGACAGUGCAGUAAACGGCACUCCUGCUUUCCUCGGUAAAAGUGUCCCCAUCGCCCCCCCAACACUCCCCACAGUAGAGGCCGCAUUAGAGUCUGAGAUAAACCCCAAACUCCGCCGCCAGACAGAGCAGCAGAGCCAUUUCCCCAAGGCCCCCAGUCCCCAGACUUGCUCACAAGUGGACGCCUACGACAGCCUCCCCGCCCCCACCGGACUGCUCUCGGUUCCCCCACAACAACAAUCCGGACCGCCAUGACUCACAGACCCAGGCUCCGGAAGGGGGGGAGGGGGGGGAGAAAGUAAGGAGCUGGUGAAGGAGCAACUAGGACUGCCGAGGCAAGGAGGCACCGACCAAAUCACAGACAUGUCCAGCUCAGGCAGCAUCUGACUGGAAGGUUUCGGAGGGGGGGGCGUGGGGGGGGGGUCAUGUCUGGAAAUCUUGAUUCACAAAUCGCGUACCUAAACCAUCGAUUUAUUCUGUAGAAGUGCACUUCCAAAGAGGGAAUGAGUCAUGCAGACUUUGCAACGGAAGCCUUAGAAGAGGUCUAUUUAAUCUGGGUUCAAUAUGUCUCCUUUUUAAGAUUGUUGGUUGAAUAAAGUUAAAGAUGUUCAUUGACAAAGCUCAAUAAAACAGUGUUUCUGUGCUGCACUCGUAA